UUCCAAGAACGAGCGAGAGCUAGGGUAUUCUUUCUUUUGUUCCGAUCGAUCGAUGGCGGCAUUCAAGCUCGCGAUCUUUCCUCUGCUGCUCGCGGCAGCAUUGGCGACGCUUCGAUCCGUGGAGUCGGCCGAGUACGUUGUGGGAGAAUCGGCGGGAUGGAUGAUCCCGUCCGCCGCCGUGAACUACUCGGCCUGGGCGCUCAAGCACAACUAUCAUCCUGGCGACACUCUCUUGUUUAACUACCAGCAGCAAGGCGACAGCGUUCUUGAGGUGAACAGGGCGGAUUUCAUGAACUGCAUCAAGACCAACCCGAUCAACCAUCACAGCGACGGCAAGACGCUCAUCCGCAUCUCUCGCCCGGGUCCCCACUGGUUCAUCUCGGGAGUCCCCGGCCACUGCGAGCAGGGCCAGAAGUUCGGCAUCAUGGCCACGCCCGCCUCGCCAGGCUCGCGAUCCUCGCCAUCCACGCCGCAGGCUCCAUCGCCCACGCCGUCCUCCCCAAGCUCCCACUCUGGACCGUUCGCGCACACCAGAGGCGCCGCCGCCGCUGGAUCCCACGCCCCGGCUCCAUCCCCGACCAGCGCCGCUACUGGAUCUCUCCCCGCGCUGCUAGCUCCAAGCAUUGGCGCUUGCUGGAUCAUCGCCAUGCUCCUAUAGGCUUGCUUGUAGGAAACUCCAUUUUUUCUUGUUCUCUCUUGCGGAUGUUCAGCUAAAGUUAAAAUCUUCCUUUUUGAUGCUA